AUGGAAAAUCAAUAUAGAUUAUAUAAAUUAGUAUUUAGAAAUAAAUAUAUAUCAAAUAUUAUUUUUAAUUAUGUUUAUGAAAUUAAUUCAAAAUUUAAAAUUUCAGUUUCAAGAUAUGAUAAAAUAACACUUGAAUGGAUAUCAAAAAAUAAUAAUUAUUCAUUAUUAAAAGAUAAACUUAAAUCAAAUUAUCAUUUUAAAAAGAGUGAUUUAUCAUAUAAUGGUUUAAUGUUUUUAUUUGAAUAUCUUAAAGAAUUAGAUAAUAACGAUUAUUGUAAUAAUAAUAAUAAUAAUAAUGAUGAUAAUGGUAAUGAAGAUAAAAAUGAUCAAAAUCAAAAAAAUUAUAAAAAUAAUUUAAUUGGUAAAAAUGGUUUAAAAGUUUUAAAAGAAUUUUUUAAAACAAAUUCAGAAAAUUUAUUUCAAAGUGAAUUACAUCAUCCAAUAUUUACACAUUAUAGAAAUAUUUCAUUGAUUAAAUUUGCAAUUCAUAUGAAUUGUUUUGAAUUUUUUAAAAUGGUAAAUGAAGAUCCUAAUAAAUUUAGUAAUGGUAGUAAUUGUUUAUUUCAUGAAACUGAUAGAAACUCAAUAACCUAUUCAAAAGAUGAAGAUUUAUUAGAUGUUGCAUUAAAAUAUGGAAAUUUAGAAAUUAUAAAAUAUGUUCAUAAACAUAUGGGUUUAAGCUUACAAGAUCAUCAAAAAGCAUUACAUUAUUCAUUAAUGUCAAUCAAUAGAUCAUUUGUAGUUAAAUAUUUAUUAGAUGAAUUAAAUUACGAUCCACCAAAAAAACAUACAGGUUCAUUUGAUAAUUAUUUUUCAAAUUUACUUUUAUUAGAUUUAAAAGUAUUUAAACGUCUUUAUCAAAUGGGUUCACCAUUAUUAUAUUCUGAUAGAUCUUUUACUUAUUUAUUAGAUAAUAAAUUAAAUGAUACAUUUUCUUCAGAAAAAGUUAAUUUUAAAAAAGAAUAUCUUCCAUUUAUUAAAUCUUCAAUUUAUGUUGCAAGUUUAGGUUUUAUUUCAACUGAAUCUAAUAGUAAUUAUUAUAAUAUAUUAUUAUCAAAAAUUGAAAGAUUAGAAAAUAAUGAUAUAACAACAACUACAACUACAACAACAACAACAACAACAACAACUUUAAAUAUUAAUUCUUCACCUAAUAAUGAUAAUAGUAAUAAUAAUGAACAACAAGGUACUUUAUCAAUUUUAAAAAAUAAAUUAAAAUUUAAAAAAGAAAAAAAAGUUUCCCAAGAAAUUGAAAUUAAAAGAAUUUUUAUAUUUGAUUUUUUAGUAACAACUAAAAAUAUUACAAAUACAAAUACUUUAAUUAGAGUUAUCACUGAUUUCACUAGAGAAUGUGGUGAAUAUAGUUCAUUAUCAUCAUAUUUGUCGAAAAUUUUAUCACCAUUGUCAACUUUAAAUACAACUUGUAAUAUUUUAUUAGGAAUUGCAAAUUAUUAUAGUGAUUAUAAUAUAGUUGAAAUAGUUAAUAAAUGUUAUAAAACAAAAGAAAUUUCAAAAGCACUUUCAUUAAGAGAUAGUUAUGCACCUCAAACUACCAAAAGUUUAUUCAAUACAAAAAAAGUUAGAAUUGAAGAUCAAUUAUGUUAUAUGAAAUUAUUGGUUGAAAAUAAUAUUAACUAUCCAAUUCAUUCAACAAUUAUACUUCAUCAUAUUUUAGUUCAUAAUGAUUUUCAAAUCCUAUUACCCAAUAUAAAUAAAAUAUUAAAAAUAGUUAAUAUUAUUUAUAGUAAUUUUAAUCAACCUGAAAAAGAUGAUAAUAGUAAUAGUAUUAAUAAUAAUAAUAAUAAUAAUAAUAUUAGAUAUAAUGUUGAUAUUAAAAUUUUAAAUAGAGAUAAUUCAUUCAUUAAAGAUGAUUAUUUAUCUGCUUCAAUAUUUGUUCAAAAUAAAGAUUUGUUUAUCUAUAUUUUCAAGAAUCACAAAGACUUUUUCGUUUGGGAUUUUGAAGAAAUUAACAAAAGAGCAUUGUUAGCUAAUGACUUGGAAUUGCUUGAUUUUAUAAAAGAUAGUGAUAUUGAUUAUUCAUUCUAUUUCAAAAAUGAUUUGAUUUCAAAAAUAAAAUAA